AUGGCCGAGGAACUAGAAAUAACAUUGAAACCAACGCUGGAAACAUUUAUAGAUGAUCCCACUAGUUUGGAUGAAGUUAACGUUGAUGAGAUAGUGUUUGACAUCUCACAUAGCAUCAAAGAUAUCAACAAAUUACAUGUUUAUCAUUCUAUUUGCAUCUUUAAGAACAUGUUGCAGGAUAUUAUAAAGCUUCAGAGCAAUAGUGAGAUGUUCCAUCGGUUUCGGAAACAACAGCUAGAAAAGUAUUAUCAGAUCAACAUCAAUGACUUGUCGAGUAAUUCCAACAAACUUGAAUCUUCGUCAAAGGUUACAAGGCUUUCUACCCCGCCAUUGAAAAGUGAUACACCCCCAUGUUCCCCACCAUUAAAGUUUGCUAGGGUUCAUAAAGAAAAUUUCAACGAUAGCAUUAAGGAAACUACACCUGACUCAUUAGAUGAUCGUAAUGAAGUGAAGAGCUUUGAAAAUGGAGCCGAAAGUGAAGAUGAUGAUGGGUCGCAAAAUGGAGAUGCGCCAUAUAUUAUGAUGGAAACCCUUAGGGAAGAUUACGAUGCAAACGACAUAGGAGCAGAGAAAUUCUACGAACUUGAUAAUAUCCGACAAGAAAUAGCAUAUAAUGAAUCUAGAAAGAUUAAAGACCAGAACUCGCAUAUCUUGAAAGGGUUUGGUCUUGCGAAAAAGCCCACCCUAUCUAUUGAAGAGUUUUUAGUAAGACUACAAACUUAUUCAUCGUCAUUAUCGGUACUGGUGUAUAUCCAAGCAGCCUACAUGAUGUUUAAACUUUGCAUUUUAUUGGAUAUAGUUCCCUUGACAGAUUUGAACGUUUACAGGUUCAUACUUGCCCUGGUCAGAUGUCUGACGAAAACUUUGGAAGACAUCUACCAGAAACAGAAGGUGUUUGCCACUGUUGGAGGGGUGUCUCAGAAAGAUUUAUUCAAAAUUGAAGUUGGAUUCUUAUACUUGUGCAAUUUUAAAGUUGUGUUCAGUGAAAAUAAUCUUCAAAGACUUUUGAAGGACAACUUUGUCGACUUAAGACAAUUUAUGAAGGAUGAUUUUAAUGACAAUUAG